GGAUGUGGCCGGCACAGCAACUCUCGAGGGCUGGGCUUCAAGGCGGAGCCGGGCAGCGGGAGCAACGCCGCGACCCAGCUGGCUUCCCCCGAGCCCUUAAUGAGAAGGGUGGCAUCGCUCGCCUCUGCGUCUGGGGCUCCUGCCGCCCGGUAGCCUGCCGUUGGGGAAGGAGGCCCCGCGAUGGCUUUGGGCAGGGGGAAACGCCAGGGGGCAGGGAGAGCCGGGCCGGUCUCUGGAAAGCGCUGGGAGCUGUGGUGGCGGCUUUGAAAGGGCCACUGUGUCUUGGCACGGGGAGGGGCCAGAAUCGCGUAUGGGGGCCAGGCAGUGGCACUGCGGGAGGAGACGUAGGGCACAGAGAGACCUUCCUGCCAGCAGUGGGCUCCUGAGGGGAUGGGAGUGUGGAGGAAUCCCGUUGCCUUCCCAGCAGCCUGGUCAGGGUGAUGCCCACCCCAGCCGACUGCGCUCCUGGACACCAGCGGAGACUUGCACGUCUGAGGAGAGGGCCAGCUAGGCUGGCAUCUGGCUGAGAUGGCUUGGCGCAGGCUUGCCUUAGUCAGCCUGCUUGGGCUUUGCUUGACCAGCUGCCUCCUGUGUCCUGCUCACGGCUGUGGCCCUGGCAGGGGGCCGGUGGGACGGAAGCAGUCCAGCCGCAGAAGCCUGGCCCCGCUGCAGUACAAGCAGUUUGUGCCCAAUGUGGCGGAACAGACCCUUGGGGCCAGUGGCAAAGCCGAGGGCAAAAUCAGUCGCCGCUCGGAAAGCUUCAAGGUCCUGGUGCCCAACUACAACCCUGACAUCAUCUUUAAGGAUGAAGAGAAUACAGGUGCAGACCGGUUGAUGACAGAGCGCUGCAAAGAUCGAGUGAAUGCCUUAGCGAUUGCCGUCAUGAAUAUGUGGCCGGGCAUAAGACUGCGAGUGACGGAAGGUUGGGAUGAAGAUGGACACCACCUGCCUGACUCGCUGCACUAUGAGGGUCGGGCGCUGGACAUCACCACCUCUGACCGCGACAGGGAGAAAUAUGGCAUAUUGGCCCGCUUAGCUGUGGAGGCUGGCUUUGACUGGGUGUACUAUGAAUCCAAGGCACACAUCCAUGUUUCUGUGAAAGCAGGCGGCUGCUUCCCUGGUGAUGCGACUGUGACGCUGCCGAGUGGUGAGAAGAGGAGCCUCUCCAAACUGCGCCAUGGAGACUAUGUAUUCAGCGUAGAUCAGAAUGGAGAAGUGACACUUAGUGAGGUUUUGCUGUUCCUCCAUCGAGAACCACACCAGCAGAUACUCUUCGUGGCCAUUGAGACAGAGGAACCUGUUCACCGGCUGCUGCUUACAUCCUCGCAUCUCAUCUUCGUUGCACGGGACCUAGUCAACAGCACAACGGACUUCUCUCCUGUGUUUGCCAGCAGAGUGUGUGUGGGGGACUCCGUGCUGACGUACAAGGGGGACAACCUUCCUUUACAUCCUGCCCGAGUAGUCCGGGUUUGGCAGCAAGAGGGCACUGGAGUCUAUGCCCCUUUGACCACCCAUGGUACAAUCCUGGUCAAUGGGGUGCUGGCAUCCUGCUAUGCAGUCCUCGAAAGUCACCAUUGGGCUCACUAUGCCUUUGCCCCAUUACGCUUUGUCUAUGGCAUCUUCUCACUACUCUCCCUGAAGGGGGAGUCCAGAAACUGCAGUGCUCAGGAAACGGGCGUGCACUGGUAUUCACAGUUUCUGUAUCAUCUGGCAUGGGAUUUGCUGGGCCAGGAUGUACUUCGCCCCUAGAGGCUUGCUGGGCUGCUUGUUUGCCAGACAAAGUUAAACUCGUGAUAAGGGAGACCCUUGAGCAUUCGCUUGGCUCCAUAUUCCUUGCCUUGGCUGGCUAAUGAUUCUAGAGCUGAGGUCCCUUUAAAAAAGCAUCAACCUUUGCAACAGAGAAACUAGCCUAUGGCCAUGUAGGAGUUGGAUUGAGGGAUUAGAUCAACUGAUACCAGUACUCCUGCUGUAGGAUGCAUAUCACAGGCACUGGACUUCCUACAGAUGUGUUUGGGGAGCUUAAAAAUAUCUGAGGCAUGCUGGGUUUUCCUAAAUUUAGCACAAAGUCAAUAAGCCCACUGUCUUAAUUUUUAGCAGGUGGGAUGGAUUUCCUAUAGGUGACCUGAUCUUCUGGGCUUAUAAAACUAGCAUAAGGUCAGCUGUGGCUUUUUUUAAAAAUCCCCCCUGCAGCAGCUUAAUGGGAUAAGUCAGGAAGGAGCCAGGUAUACAAUAGAAACAAGGGCUGGUCAUUUCUAGAGGGUCAUAAGAUUCUUCACCUUCCCUCAGCUUCAGAAAUAUAUUGCAGCAUUUCUGUGACAUGCAUUUGAGGAAAGGUAACAAACAGGUUGGCUGACCCUUCACUGGGCAGGUAAUGUGAAAACCUGCAGGGUCUGUCUAACCCAUUGCCAGCGGGGCUUUUCCAAGAAGGCCAAGAAACAUGCUGUGGACCAUAAAUGAAAUAAUGGCUUGUAACAGAAUGUGGGUAGCAUCCUUAUAGCUUGGCAUCCCUUUCCUUAGCGAAUUUCAACAUUGGAUUCGAGAAGAAGAGAAGUGAAAGAGGCAAUUCCAAUCUUUUGUAGGGGAAGGUCUCAUAAUCACCCAGGCUGGAAUGAGGAUUGAAUGGUGGUACAACUUUUAUUUAGUGACCAUUUGAAGUUACCACAGCACUGAAAAAAGUGAUGGCUGUUUUUCACAUGAUCAUUGCAGCAUACCUGUGGUCACAUGAUCAAAAUUAGGACGCUUGGCAACUGGCAUGUAUUUAUGACGGUUGUGGUAUCCUGGGGUGGUAUGAUCUCCUUUUGGGACCUUCUGACAAGCAAAGUCAAGGCAGAAGCCAGAUUCAGUUAACAAUUGUGUUACUAACCUAACAAAUGCAGUGAUUCACUUAACAAAUGUGCAGGAAAGAUCGUAAAAUGGGGUAAA